AUGGAGGCCUCAGAAAUAGCGGAUUGUCAUCCCGCAACUGCUAUAGAGACAUUUAAACUCGCGAUGAUUCAGGGGACGAAGUUCCACACUUCCUUAGUCAAAUCCCUCAGGCGACAGGUGGAGAAUAUGAUCGCCAGAGGUGAGUUGACGGAUUACCUCAUGACAAAGGAGUAUGCAAAGCCCCGCGAGGUCUAUCCCCGCAAGGUGGAAGAUACGCAAGUAAAAGUCAUCCAUGCAAUACAUGGCAGGUCUGAAGAUGAUCAAGAGUCCGAGGAGGUGUACAGAUCCAGACUGAGGGCAACCCACAAGCUCAGGAAGAUAUCCUCGGUCAAUGCUAUCAAUUCGAGUAGCAUCAGUAUUGGAUUCGGAGAUGGUGACCUAUCCAGAGUGCAACUCCCCCACGAGGAUCCAUUGGUCAUCAGUCUUUUAGUGGCCAAUUGUAUGAUCAGGAGGGUUUUGGUAGAUCAAGGAAGUAGUGCCAACAUAAUCACAAAGACGGUCUUUGAUCAGUUAGAGAUCCCGUCAUCAUCUAUUCAACCUACCUCCAGCCCGUUGAUGGGAUUCGAUGGCACAAGAGUAGAUCCCCUUGGAGUAAUAAACUUGUCCGUAACCACAGCGAAGAGGACUCUGAAGGAGAACUUUGUGAUGCGGUGCUUAUCUCCAGACGGGAAAGAAGUAAUUAAUCUGUGGGGCGAUCAAGUCGCAGCGAAGGAAUGCUAUAUGUUGACACAAGUUAAAGCGAAGAGGGUGUCAACUCAACAGUAA